CUCCCUGUCUGUAUCUGUCCUUCCCUGUGCCGGAGCUCGGUCGCAGCAUUUCUCUUUACUGCAGGGGCAGCUACAUUCUCUUCACCAGGAUGUCGGGCCUUCUGACCAGCUCUGUUGUCCUCAUAUUCUCCCUGAUGCUUUUCCAGAUUCUCACACCAGAGGCAAAGCCUCUCUCCACCAUGCGUGGGGGCAGUCACAACUUGGACAGCCAGGCAAGUGGAGUGCGUCUUCGAAGAGACCUCCGCGAUUCAGUGCCCUAUGAGGCCCAGAUGAUGUCAUACCCUGGAGCUGACUUCAAGGAUCGAAGUGAUCUGUACUACAAACCAGAAGCCUUGAGAGCUCAAGGUCUUGGACAAGCCCUCCAGCGAUUGGUGGAAAACGACCAGAGGCGGGAACAGGAGGCAGCUUAUCUGGCUUCAAUGAUGCGUCUACUCGAGGCCCAAAAUAACGGACAGGUCAAACCAGUAGAGGAGCAGGAGGAUGAAGGGGAUUUCCAGGGACCAUACCCUCCAGACUAUGAUGAGACCGAGCAGGUUGUGAGCAUGGCUAAGCCUCAGGCAUCAUCCCAAGGCCUUCUGGAUCCUCAGCUUACUCAGGCCUUACUCAACCGCUACAAGCAGGAGAGACUGAUGCAGGCUGGACUUUCUCCAACUGCCAACAGGAUUCCAGAAAGAGAGCAGGACAAAGACCAAGAGAUGCUUAGGUACCUCGUUGAGAAAAUCCUCUCCGGUUUGGCUUCGGGUGGAAACCAGGCAGGCUCCUCAAACCAGCGUGCUAAACGGGACCUGGGAGCCGUGACCAGCUUGGAGAGAGCCGGAGGCUCCGUCCUAAAACGAGCCCGUCGCUCCCUGGACUCUGCCCCCGUCCCCUCCACCCAGGCAGAGGCCUCACUGUUGAGGGUGAAAAGGCUUGACGAUGACUUCGAUGAUGAAGGGGUCAUAGUGCAGAACAACAGAACACCACAUGUCGGCCUGCAGAGAAUGAAACGCAUAGACACUGAACUGCCACCCCCUCAAAAACACAGCCGCAAACGCAGAGCGCUGACCUAUGACCCCAACCUGAUCGCACAGCACAUCUUGCAGUAUCUACCAGCCUAAAGAGUCCAAGUGAAAAAGAAGGGGGAAAUGUGGGAUAAAAAUAAAGGGAGAUCUAAAUACAGACAGAUAGGCAGAAAGAUAGUUUUCAAUGGGGAAUGCAAAAUUUGCUCACUGUUACGCCAGCACUCAUAGUCAUCUGCCUACGUCUAAUCAGGCCUGCUUGCUAGGGUACCAAUGUUAAUGUGUUUCGAUGUUAUACUAUAAUACAAUCCACACACAUAGGCAUAGCAGCUUAUCUAAUAUGCUUGCUUUUCUUGCCACAUAUUGUAAAGGUAUAUUAUUGCAUAUUAUUCAUUUGAUUGACUGAUUUUAAAUUAUUUAUUUAGAUGUUGCUGUAUUUGUUGAAAUCAAGAUGAUUAAGGUAACAAUAACCUAUGCAUCGAGGUGGGUACAGAUUCUUUACUCUGUUGUGAUCAUAAGCUAUUAAUAAAACACAUUUUUCGGGGAUUAUGCAGUAGGUAACUGUAUAACUGAUAAGUGCCCAACAAUGGUCCUUAACACACAGCUUGACCAAGGUCAUGCAAGAGUGCGUUUAGGAAAUACAAGGGACAUUGUUUCUCGUGCAGUCACAUUACAUGAGCUCAGUGGACCCAAAAUGUAUUUGGACACUUAAGUCGGACUUAUACUUUAAAUUUAGGAAUGUCAUUGAUUUAGGUAUGAAAAAAAAUCAUAGCAAGAGACAUCUUGUUGAGAACUAUAUACUAGUAAAAAUAAACAUUUUUAAUAUAAUAUUUAUUUAUGAUAUGAUAUAACUUAUGAUGAGUUCUGUACAUUUAUUUCAACAUGUUAGAUUUUGAAUUUUAGAUACCUGGAAAUUGAUUAUAGAUUUCAAUCAACUGAAGAGCCAUUAACAAAAUCUUAAAAGGCCGUCGUUCUAGUUAUUAACACAUUGCAGAUAUACAAAAUGUACAUUUCCACAAGUGAAAACCAAUGAUCAAUGACCAAUAUCAAAAAUUUGCAUUUUUACUCAUUAUAAUUAAAUUGUUGAUAUGAGGAAUGGACAUUUGCACGAGUAACAAUUAUCAUUUUUACUAGCAAAUAUAACAUUGCUGAUAUGUGAAAUUGGAAUUUCAACUAGUAAGGAAUAAAUUAUAGAUAGCUGUAAUUGUGUUUUGAACAGUUGAUGAAUUUUACUAGUGAAAAUGCAGUUACAAGUAAAGUAUCACAGUACAGUUGAAAUUCUAUUUUUGAUAUCAAGAAUUAGCAUUUCAACUAGUAAAAAUGUAAUUGUUGAUAUCUACAAUUCAUAUCCUGCACAUGAUUAAAUGUCAGAAGGGCUUGCGAUGGUUAAACUAUCCCUGAGGUUCCUCAACUGAGUUCACACAUUCACUAAAAAUCAUCUUAAAAUCACUGCAAAAAUGUCUCAGAAAAGUGAAGCUAUUUCAUACAUUCAUAAAUUCCAAAUACACUUUAAGUGAACGUCAGCUUUUGUUUUUAAUUAGCUUCCCAAGAACAUUAUCUAUUUGGAAAUAAAUGAUAACGAAACAACUAAUUCCACUGAGACAAUCAUCUCUGAAAUAUGUUUAUUUAUUGCAACAUUAUUAUUAUUAUUACACAAAAUGACUGAUACUUUCAGAACCGUUAGAGGACCCUUGUAAACGGCAUAAGACACCAGAACAGCUACUUUAUAUAACAAUAAGCAGCCCUCUAUAAUUUUAACCAUGAAAGAGCCAAUCAAAACAUUUUAAAAACAAGUCUCUUGUCUUCUCUUUUCUCUGAUUGGUUGUCUUAAGUGUUGUGUCAUCUUCUCAGUAAUGAAUGUGUUAUGUGCCCUAUCCAAGUUUGAUGGACUGUGUUUUUUCCUUGGUUUUGCCGAUGAAACACUAUAUCUGGGUUUCUCUCUGUCCCAAACCUUUUGUCCUCUGGGUUUGUAAUCUGACUAUUAUGAAUUUGUAAAGGAAAUCGUGGCUCUGAGUAUAUAAAUGCUUUUUCGAUAUUCGUGCCGUCAUAAAAUCUUGUACCAAAAUACUUAAAUCUGCACAGCAAGUUUUGUCAAGCAACAAAAUCACUGUAAGUGCUAAUAAAGUGUAUUUGAACAAUCAUA